AGCCUGGGGCGGGACGCGGGCUGGGACGGAGCUCAGCGCGCUCGCAGCCGGAGGGUGAUGGCCCUGCAGGGCUGCGGGCUCCGACUUUACCCGCAGUCCGCGGUCAGAAACUGGCCCAGGCACCGGGAUCUGGGCGAGCUCUGAGCACUCAUCCCAACACGCUCGCUCUUUACACAUCCCGCUUCCACGGACUGCCGAAGACCAAUUACCGCUGUCGCUUUCGCUCCCCCAGAUCAUGUUCUCGGUUCCCGGGACAACGCGCCGAAAAAGAAGUUCUCCCAGUUUGGACCUCAUGACCUUUCCAAGCUGUGCGUCCUGCUGUCCGGACCUAGUCUGAACCGCGCUGCCCAGGCAGACAUCGGUUCUGGCGGGAUUCCUCUGCGUGCUGUUGUUUUGCGGGCUUUUCCCCCUCACACCCUCCGGCCUCUGAGACCUGGAAGAAAGGGGCGGCUCUCUGCACCCCUUCGGAGCCUUCAGGAAGAUGGGGAGCAAGGCCCUGCCAGCUCCCAUCCCACUGCACCCGUCACUGCAGCUCACCAAUUACUCCUUCCUGCAGGCAGUGAACACCUUCCCGGCCGCAGUGGACCACCUUCAGGGCCUCUACGGUCUCAGUGCGGUGCAGACCAUGCACAUGAACCACUGGACGCUGGGGUACCCCAGUGUGCACGAGAUCACCCGCUCCACCAUCACGGAGAUGGCGGCUGCGCAGGGCCUCGUGGACGCUCGCUUCCCCUUCCCCUCGCUGCCCUUUGCCACCCACCUGUUCCACCCCAAGCAGGGGGCCAUUGCCCACGUCCUUCCAGCCCUACACAAGGACCGGCCCCGUUUUGACUUUGCCAACUUGGCGGUGGCCGCCACGCAAGAAGAUCCUCCUAAAAUGGGAGACCUGAGCAAGCUGAGCCCAGGGCUGGGGAGCCCCAUCUCGGGCCUCAGUAAACUGAACCCGGACAGAAAGCCCUCCCGAGGGAGAUUGCCCUCCAAAACGAAAAAGGAGUUUAUCUGCAAGUUUUGCGGCAGACACUUUACCAAAUCAUACAAUUUGCUCAUUCACGAGAGGACCCACACAGACGAGAGGCCAUACACCUGUGACAUCUGCCACAAGGCAUUUCGGAGGCAAGAUCACCUACGGGAUCACAGGUAUAUCCAUUCCAAAGAAAAGCCCUUCAAAUGUCAGGAGUGUGGGAAAGGAUUCUGUCAGUCUAGGACCCUAGCAGUUCACAAAACUUUACAUAUGCAGGAAUCUCCACACAAAUGUCCCACAUGUGGAAGAACCUUUAAUCAGAGAAGUAACCUGAAAACUCACCUUCUCACCCAUACAGACAUCAAGCCCUACAGCUGCGAGCAGUGCGGCAAAGUGUUCAGGCGAAACUGCGAUCUGCGGCGGCACAGCCUGACUCACACCCCGCGGCAGAACUUCUAGCGAAGCCCAGGAUCUGUCCUGUGCGGCCCCGGCUCCCUUCCCCCCAGACACCUCUCCUCGCCUCCCACCCCAGGGGCCCAUCCCUACCCUCACUGACCCCGGCUCUUCCCUGCCUGCAGCCGCACCUGCAGCUCCAGGGAGUUAACUGUUCUUCUGAGGACUGAGAACUCUCUAGAAAGCCACACACUACCCCCUUCCAAACCAGCAUGUGCUAGAUCCUUGUAGAUAUUCACGGCUCAUUUUAGAGCUCUGUACAUAAUAUUGUGGGUCUUCGUCCGGUCGUUCUGUCUGUUUUUGUAUCUUGUUGGAUGCACCUAGACAUGGAAAACGAAACGCAAAUUUAUCUUUAAAGACUGUAUUUUCAAAAUAAAACCUUUCUUGAUUCA